AACUCGUCCUAGUGCAAAGCAAAGCAAAGCAAACCCCCCAAAACCAACUAAAAUGGCUUUCAUCAAAUCCCUUGUGUGCCUGGCUGUUCUCGGAGUUGCCGCCGCUGGCGUGGUCCCGCUCGCCCACGAAUACCAGGGAGACUACUACGCUCACCCCAAAUACUCCUACAACUAUGGUGUCCACGAUAGUUUGACCGGAGAUGUCAAGUCGCAGGUUGAGAGCCGCGACGGUGAUGUCGUGAAGGGCCAGUACUCCCUGGUUGAGCCUGAUGGUUCCGUGCGCACUGUUGACUACACCGCCGAUGACGUGAACGGAUUCAACGCCGUUGUCAGCAAGUCUGCCCCGUCCGUCCAUGCCGCCCCGGCCGUUGUUGCCCACGCCCACGCCCCGGCCGUCGUCGCCCACUCCCCGGCCGUGUACGCCGCUCACCAUGCUGCCCCGGCUGUCGUCGCCAAGACCGUUGUUGCUCAUGCCCCGGCUGUGUAUGCUGCGCACCACGCUUCCCCAGCUGUCUAUGCCACGCACUCUGCCCCGGCCGUCUAUGCCGCGCACUCUGCCCCGGCCGUGUACGCCGCUCACCACACCGCCCCGGCCGUCUACGCCUCGCAUGCUUAUGCUCCGGCUCACGGAACCGUUGAGUACCACGGCAAGGCCGCCGCUCCGUUGGCCUACUACCACUAAAGCGCUCUGCCAACUCGAAAUUCGACCACAGGCCAUCCCAGAGCUGCCCGUCCGCAUCCUCAUCUCCCGGCCGGAUCCCCUGCCUGCCUUCACUGCCAAACGUGUGGAUAUUUAUUUCAUCCCCUAGCUCUAUCAUCCCUGCCCUGGAACGGUCCCGGGCGCUUGCCGGGGGCUGCUAGCCGUGCUGGGGCCUGGGGUUUGCGGGUGUGGCAGCUUUGGCGAGCCGACAUCUCUCCUGUGCCCCACCUACUCCCAUUUUUGUCCCCCCGGAGUAUCAUCCCUUUGCGCCGUCAUCGGCUCUAGGAUGCACGCUGAACACGCUUGAACUGCAGAAGGAUAGAUGAGUUUUGUAUGGUCUGCUCGGUGACGGGAAAAACCACGUGGUUUUGGUUCCAAUCGAACUAGUUCCUGUGGUCCCGUGACCGCCGAUCAAGAGAUUUCCAGCCGUGCCGAUUUCUGAAAGCUUUGCUAUGCACCAUGGCCGGGUGGUCCAAGUCGUGUGACGCGUGCACUAAUGAGUCGAAACGAAACGUGAGGGAUGCUCCGGCUUUUCUUCAUCAUGGUCAUCCUUUCGGGUUCCUUCGCGGGACUCAUGGAAGGGUGGCCAACUUGUACAGAAACGAAUACCGAUGAUGAUAUUAAUUUAAAAUGAAGAAUAAACUCAAAUGUACGAUGAA